CUUAUGAUUCACUCUUCACUGCAUCUCACGGAUACAUAAACAACUCUUGCAAUAUUCUGAGCACACCAUAACAAUCAGCACCAUAGUCUUGGAGUUAUGUUAACAGUAAAAAGUAGUCAAGAGUUCCGGGACCCUGGGGGGCUAUUAAGCCCUUCUGAGGAUUUCUCUGAACCAAAUUUUAAAAGAGCAUCCUCUUUUAAACAGAAAAAGCCGGACCACGUACGAUUAAAUGUCAAUUUGGUGCGACGUAAUAGCUUGCCAAGUCCGGUCAGCCCGAAAAUGUUUUUGUUGCUCCCGGAGGAACGUCCAUUAGAAAGGGUUCGGUCAUUCCACAUCACUAGAGAUGGUUUAAAGAACAGGGGGGAUCUUCUUCGAAGGCGGAGCACUAUCAGCGUAAACUCUUGUGAGAACUGUAACUAUAGCGGUGAGGCGUUGGUAAGCGCAGAUAACGCAACACCCCGUGUUGUCCGAGUAGUGAGGGUGGCAUUAGUUGGAUGCGAUGAAGUCGGAAUUCAUACAUUGAAAAAUCAGUUGUCAACUUCAGAGGAAGUGUAUAUCAACCACCACAGAGACGAAGCUGAAUCACCGGAGGAUAUAUUCAUUCUCCUCAACAAGGAUGAAUAUUGUGUGCAGUUUGUGGAGGAAACAGAGUUCGUAGAGAGUACGGAGCUACCCUUGGUGGAUGCGGUGGUUGUGGUAUUCUCAGUCAUAGAUUCGUCUUCCUUUCAAUAUGGAACCAAGCGAAUUGAAAUGAUCAGACACAAGAUGAAAUAUGGUUCUCCUAUCUUUCUCGUAGGAAACAAAUGCGAUUUAGCCAGGAACAGAAUGGUUUCUCAUAAAGAUGCCCAGAAGGUUGCGGACAAACAUAUGUGUCAGUACAUAGAGACCUCUGUUGUCCUGAAUCACAAUAUUGACGAACUAUUGGUCGGAAUCAUUCGCAAAGUUGCUCAAAGACGGGAAAGCAAGGAGCAGACGACUUCGAAAGAAUCUGCAUCUCGGUCAUCUAAAGCCCCAAGUUUCACAAGACGAAUGCUCAACAAACUGAUGAAAUUAGGACAGUCAAAAGAAAAAUGUUCUAGUUCAUACGACUGAAAGUUGACUACCAAUGUGUGUGAGCGUGUUCAGCUGAUGUAAAUGUACAUGUAAUACCGGUACCUCAUUUUCCCUACUGGAAUCGUUAGCCUUUGUAAAAUCUAACUGUAAAUCUUACAACCACAUGACAAGAUGUUAUGAUCAUACAGAAUUUUUCAGCGUGGUUGAUAACUCUAUCUGUCAUUUCAUCAUCUUCCCACUGCAACCAUUCCAUCAUCUUCCCACUGCAGUCAUUUCAGAGAUGAAAUCUCUUACAUCAAUAAUUGUAACCCACUUUUGGAAAAUCGAGGGAGUUUAAUUUAAGUCUUUCUGUAUUUUCGUCAAUUUGUGGUUGGGGUUUCCGGUCGAUAUCGCCUAUAAGGCAUAAUAUAUUAACUUGAAACUUUUUGGGCGUAAUAAGAAGUGUACUGGCUUUCUAGGUCAUAUGGGAAUUGUUGAUACGAGGUCAGUAUUGCAUAUUUUGCCCAAUCAGUUUUCUCCCCAGAAAUACACGAACAUGCAAGAUACCAACUUGGACUUUGCAUGUGAUGGAUACUAGUAUUCAAUAUUUUUCUUUCUCUGUAAAUGUAUUUUAUUUUAAUUUAUAAUUAAUUUAUAUAGUAAUUUAUUUUGUUCGUAACUGCCUUUACUUGCAAAGAACCCGGGCUUUUUACUGGGCCAUACAAGCCAACAAUGCAAUUGUGAUAUUACGUCUGUUUACAAAUGAUAACAGCGAGCAAUAACACUUCUACCGAAGAUAUAGAGGACUGUGCGCAAUUUGAAACAUAUGUAUUAGAAAGGUCGUUGACAAUAUCAGGAAAUAUACACCCACCCUCUAUUUUGCAAGCUAGGUUCCAACAACACGCAAAUAUCGCGGAAUGGCAUAUUACUCAAUAACUUUUCCCCCUAUCAGUUCUUCGCUAUAUACAUUUGUAGUUUACUAUAAUUACCCAAGCUUUAUUUUCAUGGCGUAAAGUAGUAUUCAUUUGUAAGGAGAAGUCUGUUUGAACUUAUAUUUUGAUACUCCCUGCUUGAUGUAUGUGUUUAAUAAUGCAACCUGGAGCGUUUGAAAUCUCCCAGCUACCACCAAUGUGUCUUGUAAGCGCACAUAUAAUCCAGUGAAUAUGCUUGUUUUGCAAAAUAAAAUCGGAAGAUAGUUUCAAAUAUUGGUUUUAUCUAAAUUGGUAUUUCUUAUUUUUCUCGUUAGGAGGAAUCUGUUGAAGGUCCUGUAUGUAGUCUUGCGAAAAUGUAGGAUUUUCGGAGUGUGUGUACGAGAAACACGUAUUUUCGAGUGUGUGAAUGGUUUUUAGUCAUUGUUUUAUUUCAAUGAAUGAAUGGUUUUUAAAUAAAGAAUUUUAACUGUU